ACGCUCUUGUUAAGCAAGACCAAAUAUCGGACCCGCAGCAACCCUACUCUGCAUAUAUAUAAAGGGACACCUCCGGCAUUGGUACACUGUACAAGAUCGCAACUUAUCAUUUGCAGUUAAGGUUCUUUGUCUUCCCUUGUAGCAUCAUCAUACGCAAUGGUCCUCAAACUCUACGGCUUUCCCCUCUCGACCUGUACUCGGCGAGUGCGCGUUGUACUCGCGGAAAAGGGUCUCGAGGACGAGUUUCAUAGUGUGGAUUUGACCAAGGGCGAACAAAAGGCAGAGACCUAUCUAAACAAUCUGCAACCCUUUGGCAAAGUUCCCGUUCUACACGAUACCGAAACGGGUAUUCAGAUCUUCGAGAGUAGAGCGAUUACUCAGUACAUUGCCAACAAGUACUCUGGUCAAGGAGCCCAAAUUGCUCCUCCGGAGUCUGAUCUGAAGGCCUGGGCUCUAUACCAGCAGGCUCUCUCCAUUGAACAAUCUUACUUUGACCCAGUGGUUUCUGAAAUUGCAUACGAGAAGGUCUUGAAGGCCCGCAAGGGUCAUGGCGAGACCGACGAGGCCCGCGUCAAAUUCCUGCUUUCGCAGCUCGAUCUCACCCUUAAGGGCUACGAGCGGGUCCUUUCCAAGCAGAAGUACCUUGCAGGUGAGCAAGUCACAGUUGCCGAUCUCGCGCAUUUGCCGUAUGGCGUAUUUGUGGAGCCGUUCGGGUUUGCCGAGUUGCUUCCUAAGUAUCCGCAUGUCCAGAAGUGGUGGGAGGAACUGAAGGCCAGAGAGAGCUGGAAGAAGGUUACGGCUUAAAGUUCCAUUCCUUUGUAGCUAAAACGUUAAGCUGGCCUCCAUAGUCUAGUCGAUGCUGUCAUUUAGAAGUGAUAGUCAAUAUGAUAACUCACGAGUCAUGUCAAGACGUUUAAUUCAUGUAUUACUUACAAGAGAUAGAUUAUAUUUUGCUUCUACUGUGACAACACCUACUCCUAUUAACUAAAGCCGCAACGUUUUAAAAAGAAAUAAUGUAUUACCACGAUAUGAACGAACUAUUCUGGCAUACUAUUCACGACACGGCACGUUUGCUUAUUUUCGAAAGCCUCAGACUGUCCUUCGGAACUAACUCUAGUCGCAUCUUCACACGUUUGAAACUAUAUCUAUAAAAAGUCCAUCAAAAACCCCAGUCAAAAGCCCCACUGUUUAACCCAUAUCUCCCAC